UUCACAUCGUGCUUAUACAUCGAAAAUAGUGAACACCGCGUCGGAAAAAAGGAGUGUUACGAAUCAGUAAGUUCACUAUUUGCGUGUAUUCCCGCAUUCGAGCGCAAGUCCGCGACGACGACGUUCUGAGAUCACAUAGCAAACUUUUAAACCUUUAGCAGAAUUUACUACAAUUAAUUGCGUGCCACGCGCGUAGUCCAAAUCGAACCGUAAAAUGCAUUGUUUUUGUUUAAUUUUGAAAUGAACUCAUGGGUGGUGCUUCAUCAGCUUGGUGUGACGUUCCUUUAACGAAAUGUGAUAAUUAAAACUUAACCAUAUAUUAAUGAAAUUCACAACCUAUUCAUUAACAGCUUUUCUGCGUUUCUGGAUUCUGGGUGAUGAGAUGUGCGAUAUUGUUGUACGAUGAAAGAUCAAGAUCAUGCUGACGAUAGGCACAGGUGGAAAAUAUGACCUCUACUCGAGUAGGUCUUGUAACUACCGCAAAUGUGUGAACUUUGCUUCGAUGUAAAUAUUUUGCAAAAGUUUAAAGAUUCUUGUUAAAAGUGUUUUUUUUUUGUUCAAGCUAUCGAACAUGGUUCGAUUGUUUAAGAGUAGUAGAUCAAAGCUUCUAAUAUAAGUGCAAGUGUCCUUAGAGACAAACCGCCGCCGCCGACCAGCAAAAUAUAGAAUCUCAAGAAUUAUUGUAUUUCUUGGUUGCGAGAAAAUUCAGUAUUCCAUCAUCUUUCGGUAUAUCAACAAAUGCUCAAAACGGUGCGGGUUAAUAAAUUAAGAUUUUUUGCAGAAAUUAAAAUUCUUUUCGACUUUUUAAAUAAAGUUUGAUUUUUGUUUUGUGUUUUUGGAAAUUUAGUAUCUCGAGUGUAAACGAAAAACACAAAAGAAACAUAAUUGUUAUGUCUUUUCUAUAAUAAUUGUGUGUGUUUAUGAAUAGAUUUUUUUUUGAAAAUCAAGAACAAAUAUGAAUUUUAUUGGGCGACAUGAUCAUUGGAGUGGAUAUCGUAGAGUCAAUACAAAUGGUUAUGGAAUACCUUUAUGGAAUUUGCAGCCAGAUGUUACUUCAGCUAAUGAUGUCGAACAAAGGAUACCAAGAGCUUCGUGGUCGAAACGAAAGGGAUCUCGUGUCAACACAAUCAACGAUUGGCUACGGAUCAAAAUUGGUGGCGAUGAGAGCCUUAAAAAGAAGAAAAAUAAAAAGCUUGAAACCAACCGUAUUAAAUCAACUAAAUACACAGUCAUAACAUUCCUUCCACAAAAUCUUUUAGAGCAAUUUCGACGUAUUGCUAAUUUUUAUUUUUUAGUCAUGUCAAUUAUUGCACUACUUAUCGACAGUCCCGUCUCACCACUAACUUCCCUCCUGCCAUUAUUUUUUGUGAUAUCAGUUACCGCAGCCAAACAAGGCUACGAAGAUGUUCUUCGCUAUAAGACCGACAACAUUGUCAAUUGUUCACCAGUUACAGUAAUCCGUGAUGGCAAAGAAACUGACAUUGAGUGUCAACAUGUCGAACCUGGUGAUCUUGUUGUCUUAGGUCGUGACUGUGAUGUACCUUGUGAUUUGGUUUUGCUUAAAUCAUCUGACCCACAUGGGAAAUGCUUCGUAACAACUGCAAAUCUUGAUGGUGAGUCAAAUCUAAAGACCCUGACAAUUCCACGUGAGCUACCUAAUGUUGAAUUAAAUAAAAUGCAUAAACUUGGCAUUAUCGAAUGCGAGUACCCCAAGACUGAUCUUUAUAGUUUUAAUGGAAAAAUCAAUCUAAAUUUACCGGAUCAAUUGAGAUUGUCUCAAUUGGUGGAGAGUUCAAUGAUAAGUGAUCAUCAACCGAGAGUUCUUCCAUUGACAGCAGAAAAUGUAUUAUUACGUGGAUCGAGGAUUAAAAAUACGGAAUUUGUAAUUGGUUGUGCAAUUUACACAGGAAUGUCGACGAAAUUGGCUUUGAAUAGUCGAUUGACAAGAAAUAAGUCAUCAUCAAGUGAGGCCUAUAUAAAUCGAUUUCUGUUGUUCAUCUUGGUUGGAAUGAUCUUUAUUGUGACAUUCUUGUAUUUUCUUAAAAGAUAUUUUGAGAUAUAUAGGGUCCCAAAGGCAACUUAUUUGGGUCCAGCUACUGAUACGUAUAAUGUGAGAGCAUUCCUCCAGGACUAUCUAUCAUUUCUUAUUCUCUUCAACUAUCUGAUACCGAUUUCGCUAUAUGUGACGAUAGAAAUGCAUCGAGUUAUCGGAUCCUUCUUUAUGGAAUGGGAUACAGAACUUUACGACGAGCCAACUGAUCAGCCCUGUAUUGUGAACACAUCGAACUUGAACGAAGAACUUGGACAGAUAAAUAUUCUCUUCUCGGAUAAAACUGGAACUUUGACAAAAAAUGAGAUGAUAUUCCAGCAAUGUUCAAUAAAUGGCAAGAAAUUCCUGUACAAAAAGACAAAGUUGCAAGAGGAAUCAAGUGGGGUUCUCUUAGAUAUAAACAAAUUCAAUAAUGAACAGAAAAACUUCUUCCAAGGUUUGGCCAUUUGUCAUACCGUUCAAGUUGCUGGAGAUAUGUUGAAAACCGAUGAAGAAGACAAAAUGAAUGGAAAAAAAGUAAAGAAAUUCUCAAUUCCUGAAAUUACCGAAGAAAGUCACAAUUCCAGCCAUCAAAUUGAUAUUGACAACUCAUUAUCGACGAAUCCCAACGGAAAGGGAAUCACCAAUAACAGUAUUGUAUCCGAUGUUAAUCCGCUGUUAGACAGUUCAAAGAAGCCAGAGAAGAGAAAAAGACCAGAGAUCGUCAAAAGAAGUCCAUUGUUUGCUCGUACACCCACUAGAAUUCAUCCAUCAACAAAUGGAGAGAGUGUUGAAUUCUGUGAAACAUCAAUAACGUACCCAACAUUUGCCCAAGGAGUUAUUGUAGAUCGUCCAUAUACCUUGCCAUUUACAAGGUCUAUUUCAGAAAUUGAUAUUCAAGAUCAUACAGCAAAUAACACACUGCAUCGAAGAACACAAUCACAUGGUACUCCAGGAGCCUAUAUAACUCAGCCAGUGGGUAAUGUUGAGCUUCGACGAACACCAAGUACUAUAUCUCGAGAGUCGUAUGCUAUGCCAACUUUUCUAGCAAGACAAUCAUCGUUGCUAAGGAAAGAGUCAGUUAGGAGAAAGGAUGAGAUUCAAAACUUUGUCGAAACUCUCGACUAUCAAGCUUCCAGCCCUGAUGAGAAGGCUCUAGUAGAAGCGUGUGCUCAUCUGGGCCUUGUCUAUCUCGGUGACGAUGAUGAACGACUGAAAGUACGAUUUUGUCCACCACACAUGGACUAUUCUAGAUCGUACGGAGGACCCAAGACUAAAGACUUACUUUUCGACAGACUUCAUGUUUUGGAAUUUACUUCGGACCGCAAGCGAAUGAGUGUUAUUGUCAAAGAUGAAAAUGCAACUAUGUGGAUUUAUACAAAAGGUGCUGAAAGUUAUAUUUUCCCACUGUGUGGUACUUCAUCAGCUCGACUGAUAGAGCAAACAGACAAGCAUAUAAGUGAUUUUGCUAAGAACGGUCUUCGGACAUUGGCUGUUGCUAGAAAACGCAUAACCGAAGACGAAUAUCGACAAUUUUUGAAUGAUCUUUUUGAGGCAAAUACUUCAUUGGAGAAUCGGAAGCAGUUGACAGAAGAUUGCUAUGCUAAAAUCGAGCGAAACCUAAAUCUUCUUGGUGCAACUGCCGUUGAAGACGCUCUGCAAGAUGACGUUGCCGACACAUUAGUUUCCCUCCAAAAAGCCGGUAUCAAAAUUUGGGUCUUGACCGGGGAUAAAGUUGAAACUGCCUUGAAUAUAGCUCUUUCGUGUGGUCACAUUCCUGUCGGUGCUAUGAAAUACUUCAUUGUGGAAUGCACCCGCCAAGAAGUUCUCGAAGUGCAUUUACAAACCCUGGAGCGGGAGAUAGUCUUUGGACUAGGCCGACCAUGUGCCCUUCUUAUUGAUGGAAAGAGUCUUACAGUAGCUUUAAGGGAUCUCCCCGAAAAAUUCCGUGAUGUAAGCAUACGCUGUCAAGCUGUGCUCUGUUGUCGUUUGAGCCCACUGCAAAAGAGUGAAGUGGUGUCGUUGAUUAAGACCUCAAGCCAAAACUAUAACACAGCAGCAAUAGGCGAUGGAGCUAAUGAUGUGUCGAUGAUUCAAGAAGCUCACAUUGGUAUUGGUAUUAUUGGCAAAGAGGGUCGACAAGCAGCAAGAUGUGCUGAUUUUGCUUUGGCCAGGUUUAAUAUGAUCAAAAGACUGAUGCUGAUGCAUGGUCAUUAUCACACAACAAGACUGUCCUUACUGGUGCUAUAUUUCUUCUACAAGAACAUCCUGUUCAUGGGAGUUAUGUUCUUCUUCCAGUUCCAUAAUAUGUUCUCAUCACAACCAGUCUACGACUCAUGGUUUAUGACCCUGUAUAAUGUUGGCUAUACGUCAGUGCCAAUUUUCUUCAUUUCCCUUACCGAGCAGCUUUUCACACAAAAUGAGCUGAUGAACAAACCAGAGCUUUACAUGCGGAAUACGAAUAACAAGCAACUUCAUUGGCCAUACUUCCUGCAAUGGGUUGCAUUUGGAAUCUAUCAUGCCGUGAUAAUCUUCUACUUUGCCUACGGCCUUUUCACAAUUAAUGACGUCCUCUUGAAUGUUGGCCAACCAGCUGAAUCGUCAGUCUUCGGAACGCUUCUAAUUCAAUUGGUUGUGGUAGUUGUAAAUUUGAAAUUGUGGCUUCAGUCGAAAUUCUAUAGUUAUUGGUAUAUCGUUACGAUAUGGGGUUCAAUUUUACUUUUUAUUACAACAACAAUUGCCUACAAUGUCAUUGAUAUACGAUAUGACUCUGAUAUCUAUUGGUCAUAUAACAAGCUGUUGUGCUCAAUACCUAUAUGGCUGCUAGUCAUUCUAACUAUAGUCACAUGUUUAAUGCCAGAUUUCACAAUUCGCGUAUGUAAAGAUGCCUUAAGAAUGCCAAAGAGAAGCUUCUAUCCGGGAGCGAGGAGGAUGAAAAAGCUGCAGGCAGCUAAAGCUGCUCAAAAUACGUAUUUAUAAAUUUUAAAAAAUCAAAAUUUUAAAGUAUUAUUUUUUAAGAAAUUAAUGAAAAUUUGCGCUGUGCGCAAUUAGUUAUUAAAAUAUAAUAUAAAUAUUAUAGGUUUAUACCAAUUCAGUGCCAAAAAUUAGAAUCGGGAUAGAUAUUUAUUAAAUUUGUUUCUAUUUUAAGUAAAAUGCUGUAUAUAAAGCACAAAAAAGAGGCUUUAUAAACUUUUUAUUAAGCAUAUUACACAAGAAUAAUUAUUAAGAAAACAUGUAAAUUAUUUUUAUUGUUUGUUUGUGUACAUAAAUAUUCAAAGAAAAAACACAUUUUUAUAGUUUUUGAUUGGAAGUGUAACAAAAAAAAAUGUUAAGUCCUUCAGUACCUCAUUGUAAAUAGCAACAUUUUGACAAAACGAUAACGAACAAAUAAAGUUUUUUUUUAUUUUU